AAAUUAAAUUUAAAUGGGUUGUAAUAGGUAUAUAAUCGUGUCGGGUUGAAACUGACACGUUUAAUAAAUGGGUCGUAACGGGUCAAUUUCGAGUUAAACAGGUCAACCCGAAAAUGACACGAUUAAUAAUCGUGUUAAACGGGUUGACCCGAUUAUGACCCGAACCCAUUUAUAAUAAACCCAAACUCAUUUAUUCCGUGUCGUUUUCGAGUCGUGUCGCCGUGUCAUGAUCCAAAUUGCCAGGUCUACCGAAUAUAGUGUACUGCAGGGCUCAACGGGACGUAGUUGGAGGGGCGAGUAGGGGAGUGAACAAAAUAAUGGUCUGUGUAUGUUCCCCCUUGUUUGACAGCACUAGUGCGUACUCGGUCCCCUAUAAAAAAGAAAAAAGUUUGACCGACCGUAAUUAUAAUUGCGUGGUGCAAAUUGGAGCUCGUACUAAUUACGAGUUUAUGAUCCAAAAAAAAAAAAAAAAACAAAACAAAACAAAAAAAUGUUGAUGGUAAGUCGGAUUGUGGAACAUUAUGCGUUGUAAUUGUAGUAGUGGGGUCAAUUUCAAUUGAUGGCUUCAUCCAUAAAUAUUAUCAAAUCUAAUACGCAUCUCUUAAAAUGAAGUAUUCCACGCACUGUGCAAUUUAUGAAUCUAUCAUAUAUUUAGUAAGCCAAAAAAACUUUGUUUUAGUAAUUAAUUUUAAGGAAGUAGUGGGGAUUAAUCAUAAACUAUAUGUAGAUAAUUUUUUGGUAACCAAAUAAAUAAAUAAAUAAAAAAAAUUGGAAAGGUGUAAUAUUCGUUAUACCAACUUAUACUUUUUCGUCGUACUUAAGCAAUCACAAAUCAUAUUCUUUUUUCAUAUAUAUAUAUAUAUAUAUAUUUUGCUAAAAUCAUUUAUCAUAAUCUUAAUCUUAAGCUAUUAUUAAAUAAAUAUUGAAUGCCUCAUGUCCAAUGUCCAUUUGCUAAGCUGUAAUAAAAGUUUGACUUUUCUUAAUUUAUAUUUUAUUGACAAGUGAUGAAUAUAUACUUUGACAAGGUAUUCAACUGACUUUGCGUGGGCGGCAAGUGGAAAUGAGGCUAAAGCCGAACCUUUUGAAUUGCGAUUCAGAUUAGUCCAAAACAUCAUCAGAAAGAGCUCAAAGGUCAUCAUCAUCGGAAGUUAGGCUUAAGCUUGACGAUCGAAUCUCAGUUGUCUUAUAUCAACAUUUGGAAACACAUGGAAGAUGCAGAAGCUUAUAAUAAUUUAACUCUAACAAGCCAAGGAGACGACAGCAUUAUUCAACUCAGAAUUGAAGAAACCAAAAAACUGAUUCAAAAGUUGAGUCAAGAAAAAUUUGAAAUCACCACAAAAAUGAAAGAGAAAACGGACAGUUUGAUCGAAACCACAUUUGCAAUCGAUUGGAGAGGCUAAGCUACCAUGAAGAGGGAAUAAGAGAAACAAUGUCUCGGUUGAGGAAGGAAUUGGAUAUUUUGGAAAUGUGCGAAGACAAACUGCAUUUUGCAAACAAUGCUUACCAAGUAAAACCCAUGAGUGCCUCCUUCUCAAACCAACAGCUCGAUAACCAUAAAGCACAUUAUCGGAUGCUGCAUGGAACCGAUAGUAUAGCCAAGGAAAAGCAGCUUCUGAGAGAGGUCAGAGCAGGCCAAGAUUCCCCUGAGGAUGAAACGUCCUUGUCAAUGCAACAGAUUAAAUAUGCAACUUGGUGGUGGCAUCGAUCACUCCGAUACGAGAAAGAUCAAAAGAAAGCCAAAGAUGGUCUCAGAGAAAUCAAACAGCAUGAAUGGUGUAGAGAUAGAGCUAUUGCCAAUGCUACUGUCAAAGGACAGAUUUGGAACUCUUUGGGUUCCAAAAAAGCCUUACGAGACCAAAUCGAAGUUCUGAGGACCGAUUUAGAAGAAUCAAGGAAAAGGCAUCUGGAAAUCAGGGCCAAUAUUACGAGUGUGAAAAAAGAAUUGAAGGGUGUGGAUAGAGAAUUCAAUUUCUUAAAGAAGCAAAUUGUGGAUAUAGAUCGUAAGAAGCUCGAAGCCCAUUUGCUUGUCCAUGCUCAAUUGAAGGAAAUAACAAUGUCUGUCACGCAAGUUGAACAUUAGUGACAAAUAUCAUUGAAUUUUAAUUUAUGUUACUUUUUUUUUUUUUAAAUUUCAGAAAAAUUGUACCAACUACCAAAUAAUUAAAAAAAAAUAAAAUAAAAGUUUUUCGAUGCCGUUUAACUAAAUUUGAAAGAGGAAACGAUGUAGUUUUAUACGCAGACGGGGCAGGAUGUGAUAGAUUAACAAUCAAAACAAUGUACGGCGGAGGAUUGGCCACGUGCCUUAUAAAAAUACGGUGAUCAACGGUAAAGAUCAUAUAGAUCCAACAGAUAAAAAAGUUGGAAGAGUGUAAGGCACGCUAUUUAAACCAAUAAGUCGCUGCCACGACCCAAAAGUGAAAAAUAAAAAUAAU